CUCUACCUCGGCUCGGCCGCCUCUGCCAACGAGGCCGCACUCGACAAGCUCGCCAUCACGCACGUCGUCAGCGUCGUCGAGCGUAACCUGCAGCCGCCGUUUGGACGGGAGCACCUGCUCUGCCAGAUUCCAGACUCCGACGACGCCGACCUCGCGCCUGUGCUGCGCGAGACCGCUCCGUUCAUCGAAGCCGCGCUGCGCGGCGGCGGGCGCGUGCUGGUUCAUUGCGAGCGCGGCGCGUCACGCUCCGUCAGCGUCGUCUGCGCCCACCUCAUGCGC